CGUCUCUCGAAGAACCACUCGGACACGACACCCAGCGAGAGGACGGACAGCGCAAGCCCCCCGGUGUUUUGUGCGGUGAAAAGGCCUCCGUCUCGCUUUGUUGAGCCCCUCGACGCUUUCCGAACAACGGCCCCUCAUCUGUUCUCGCCGCCUGGUCCGCUGUGAAGCCCCGUUGUCACCAUGGCAGCCAUCGACAUCGACGUGGACUCAGUCAUGUGAGACACACACGUGUGCAGGCAGGGUGGGGAGUGAGUGGACCCCUCUGGACGGCUGUUUCUAUGAUGUGUUGAUAUAUCAGUGACAAGUUGCUGGAGGUGCGUGGCGCGAGGCCAGGGAAGCCCGUCCAGCUGACAGGUGCGCACCGCACACACACCACAGACGGCUGUGGGUAAGUGAGGUGAGGAGCUGCUGGCUGACCGACGCUUUGCUUUGUGCUCGUGUCUUCAUGUCGGGUGAUUGAUUGCCCCAUCAAUAUAUCAGAGGCUGAGGUUCGUGGGCUGUGCAUGAAGGCUCGCGAGGUGUUUCUGUUCCAGCCGGCGUUGCUGGAGUUGGAGGCGCCUAUCAAGAUCUGUGGGGACAUCCAUGGUCAGUACUACGACCUGCUGCGGCUGUUCGAGUACGGUGGCUUCCCCCCGGAGGCCAACUACCUCUUCCUCGGAGACUACGUCGACCGUGGCAAACAGUCGCUGGAAACCAUAUGCCUCCUGCUCUCCUACAAGAUCAAAUUCCCAGAGGUCCGCACGCGACGCCUCGCCAAACAAAACAAGGGGCGUCACGUCAGAGGGAUGUCUGUCUGUCUGUCUGUGUUCUGUGUGUUUGUGUCUGUCUCUGUCUCGGUAGAAUUUCUUCUUGUUGCGGGGCAACCACGAGUGCGCGUCGAUCAACCGGAUCUACGGCUUCUACGACGAGUGCAAGCGGCGCUACAACGUCAAGCUGUGGAAGACCUUCACGGACUGCUUCAACUGCAUGCCCGUGGCAGCUGUCAUCGACGAGAAGAUCUUCUGCAUGCACGGCGGCCUCUCCCCCGAGCUCAACAACAUGGAGCAGAUCCGCCGGAUCGUCCGCCCCACCGACAUACCCGACUCAGGGCUGCUGUGCGAUCUGCUGUGGGCCGAUCCCGAGAAGGAGAUCAACGGAUGGCAGGAGAACGACCGGGGCGUCUCGUACACCUUCGGUGCGGACGUGGUGCAGAACUUCCUGAGAAAACACGACAUGGACCUGGUGUGCCGGGCACACCAGGUGGUCGAGGACGGCUACGAGUUCGCGGCCAAGCGGCAGCUGGUGACCCUGUUCUCCGCUCCCAACUACUGCGGCGAGUUCGACAACGCAGGCGCAAUGAUGAGCGUCGACGAGACACUCAUGUGCUCGUUCCAGAUACUCAAACCAGUUGACAAAAAGAAGUUCAGGUAGUGGGUGGGUUGGUGAGUGGUUGACCGGGGGGCGGGGGGCGGGGAGGGGGGACGUGCGGGGGGCCGGGGUGUGUGUAUGUGUAUAUGUGUGGGCGAACGUGCGAGUGGAUGGAUGCAGGAAGGGAAGGGGGAGUGAGUGAGUAAAGUUCGUGCAUUCUUCAGUGAGUGGUGGAGGCCAAAAUGGCUGGCUGGCUGUCUCUCUCUCUCUCUCUCUCUUGUCUGGGCUGAGCUGGCAGGGUGGUCGGGUCGUCUGUCUGUUGGUUGACAUUGAUUACAUUGCUUUGCUUUCGGCAGGCAGGCAGGCAGCCUACCUGCCCGCCUGCCUCUUUUCGGUCCCUCGUCUGGUCUGUACCACUCACUCACUAUUAUCAUUUUUGCCCGCCGUCCCGCCCCAUCCCUCAUCCUCAUCCAUCCAUCCAUCUCGCUGGCCAGCCAGCUGCAUGGGCGGCAGGUGGUGGGUCUGGUCGGGUGGAUGCGUACGUGUGUGUGUGGUGUGGUGGGUAGGCACUGAGGACACUCCCUCUCUCUCUCGCUCGGAAAUAGAAGGAAUGAAUCAAUGGGUGGGUGGAUGGACGGACGGUAACGAUCGGCUGCGACGGGUGUCUCCCUUGUAUGGGCUGGUUUGUGGUGCAUGUGGACACAGCUUGAUCGAGCGUUGCGUUGGUGCUUCAAUUCAAUCAGUG